CGGGGAUGAUGCUGACAUAUCACAUGUUUGCGGCAAAAUGCUUCCGGUGUCCGUCCGGACAGCCUAACUUGAAGAUCUCACCGGGCCACUCCAGCACACGACUAAUGAAGCUUGCACAACGCACAUUCAUUGUCUCCGGAGGUUCCUCCGGGCUUGGUUUAGCCACGGUCGAGAAUCUCAUUGCGGCAGGCGCCUUCGUCUCUAUCCUCGACCGCUCAACUCCACCGGAGCAUCUCCUCUCUUCCCCAUCGUCCUCGAAAAUCAAGUUCUACGAGACAGACAUCACCAACCUCGCGCAGAUCGAGCAUGCCGUCGAUAGCACCGUCGCGUGGGCGUCGGAGGUAGGUGCUCCGCUGGGCGGGGUCAUCAACUGUGCCGGGGUCGGGACCGCCGCGAAGAUCAUCGACGCGCACAACGAGCCCCAUCCGGUCGACCUCUGGGACUUCACCCUCGCGGUGAAGUUGACCGGGACGUUCAAUCUCACGCGUCUUGCGCUCCGGCACCUGAUCAAGGUCGCGCCCGAGGACGGGCCAGAUGGAGAACGCGGCGUGGUGGUGAUGGUCUCCAGUGCCGCAGCGUUCGAAGGGCAACCCGGUCAAACGGCGUAUUCUGCCACCAAGGGCGCGCUGCAUUCGAUGACGCUUCCUCUUGCCCGGGAUCUCUCGCGACACGCCGUUCGGGUGGUUACUAUUGCGCCAGGGGCCUUCCGGAGCAGUAUGACGGAUAAGCUCCCGGACAAGGCGCGCAAGAUCUUGGUCACACAGGGGAUUGUCUACCCGGCCCGCUUUGGCGAGGCGCCUGAAUUUGGGCAGACAGUGCGUUGGAUCCUGGAGUGCCCAUAUGUGAAUGGAGAGACCAUUCGCUUGAGUGGCGCAGGACGGCUGCCUGGAAAGCUGUAGAGUCUUCAUCUACCGCAGAUAUCUAAGAAUAAAUCCGCAAUUACAACCUCGCUGACCCAGUUGACCGUUUUCGCGAACUCCUCCGGUGCACCGUACCGCCGGGGAAACAACAGACCCAUAUUCGUGAUCCCGCUUGCGACGCGAUCUGUCCACUGGUCCGUCAUCGGUGUCCCGAAGGGGCCAGGCGCGAUUGCGACGACGCGGAUGCCAAAACGGGCGCAGUCGCGUGCCAUGGGGAGGACUAGGGAACGGAUCGCGCCUUUGGAGGCGGCGUAAGCAAUCGUAGAUGGC